AUGAAUUUUAACUUAUUACCUAACGAAAUCUUACUUACUUUCUUCGAUUAUCUGGAUGGUGAUGAUCUUCUUCAUGCAUUUGAUGGUCUCAAUGCUCGUAUCAAUGCUCUUCUCUACAAACAAUAUCGACGUUAUUACUUCGAUUUCUCCGUACUAUCCAAACGUAGUUUUGAUUUAAUAUGUCAACAAUACAUUCCAUUAAUUGCUGAUCACAUUCUUGCUCUUCAUCUUUCUGACUCUGAAUCGACUCCAGGACAAAUUAGUCUAUUUUUUUCUUAUAUACCAUCGUUGAGACAAUUCACUCAUUUACGUUCGCUUUCAUUUACUUACCUUCGUUCAAAAGACAUUCUACUUAAUGUCGCCAUUGAAUUGCCUUAUCUUGUUCAACUUACGCAUUUAAAGUUCAAUACUUGUUCCAUUCCAGACUAUGAUGAAACGGAUUUCGAACUGUUGAUGAAUAAUAUUUGGAACUUGCCAAAUUUAAUUCAUUUUUAUCUCUAUAUUCAUAAGGAAAGAGAACAAUUGUUUAUUAUACCGUCAAAGAUCUCGCCAUCACUCAAAUAUUUAUCUAUCAAUACCGAGAAAUUAAAUUGGAAUUUAAUCAAUCGAUUGUUUCAACAUACACCUAAUCUCAAAUAUCUUCGCGCACAUAUUGAUUGUUCGAAAAAUGGUGACGGUUACAUAGGAUCAUCUUUUUCAACAUUGACUAGUUUAAACAUUUUUAUUGCUGGAAGUCACUCAUCAAAAAUCAUCCCAUUUUUGCAAGAUACACGAAAUUUACAUCAUCUGAACAUUAGAAUAGCAGGUCCCAAUUUCAUUGAUGGUUAUCAAUGGGAAGAUCUCAUACGUAACUAUUUACCAAAACUGAAAACAUUUCACUUUUCAAUGACAGAUUUACAUUUUAUUCGAUUGAUGACAAAGGCAGAAAUUGAUGAAUUGAUGAAUUCAUUUCGAAGUUCAUUUUGGAUUGAUGAACAUCAAUGGUUUGUUCGAUGUAUAGGUGAUAGAUACUAUAUUCGUUUUGAAGCUGUCUCGAAGGCAUUUCGUUAUGCUGCUGACACGCUUCCUAGUGUGUUCAAAUCAACAGAUUCACAAGACAAUAUUGAAAGACUUUAUACUCCUAUGAGUAGUAUCUCGGAUGAGACACUUUUCGAUCGACCAAUUUCAUCGAAGAUUUGUUUUCCAAAACUUAAUUCUCUUUCAGUAAAAUGUCCUAUCAAUGAUCAAUACUGGUCGAUGGUUUCAAAUUUACAGCAAGUCUCAUCGCUUUCAUUACAUUUGUCUACUGAUCUUUCACAAUCUGAAUUGCAAGCUUUACUCAAUCGAAUGCCUCAUCUUCGUUUAUUGACUAUUCAUCAAGAUGCAUCAUUACCUUUGCCAAUGUCAUUAUUUGAUUGUACAUUUCCAUCAUCAAUUCAUUAUUUGGAUUUAGAGUACUGUAAACAUUAUUUCAAUGAAGAAGAUUGUAUUAUAUUAACUCAUUCUUCAUUGACUAGUCAGAUUAAGCAGCUUGACAUUCUAGUGAAGAAUCGUGAAAGUAUUACUAUUCUUGUGAAGAACAUGCCCAAUCUUUCUACAUUAUGUGCUCGUUUUACGGAUGAAAUAAUCUUUGAAUCUAGGCCUUCAAGAAUACGUAAUAACGUGGAUGAUGAAAUUAUCCUAUGCAAAGAUGAAGAUAUUCAAUGGUUGGUCACCCAUUUACCAUCAACUUGUGCAAUAAGUAGACAUCCAUUUUGUGUUAAUCAUCUUCGAAUAUGGAUUAAAUAA